AUGAACGUGGCGGGGAAGCAGCCGCCUCCAGCACCGCUUGAGCGCCCGGCCAGUCUCCUCGUCCCCACCUGGACUAAAACAGGUAUUGCAUUGUUAUAUGAUGAAGGGUCUGAAAAUGCCUAUGACAUCCAAUUGAAGCUUAUAAAAGAGGUACUAACAAUUCAAAAGCAAGAUGUCAUCUGCAUUAGUGGAAGUGAUCACAGCACAAAUCACAGAACUGUUACACUUCGUAGACAACCAGUUGGUGGCUUGGGCUUAAGUAUAAAGGGUGGUGCUGAGCACAAAGUCCCUGUCGUCAUAUCAAAAAUAUUUAAACACCAAGCAGCUGACCAAACAGGAAUGUUAUUUAUAGGAGAUGCACUAAUACAGGUUAAUGGCAUAAAUGUAGAAAGUGCUUCCCAUGAAGAAGUGGUACACCUACUGCGAAAUGCUGGCGAUGAAGUUACCAUCACUGUACAGUACCUCAGGGAAGCUCCAUCAUUUCUAAAGCUCCCGUUAGGUUCCCCUGGACCAUCCAGUGAUCAUAGCAGUGGAGCUUCCUCACCUCUCUUUGACAGUGGUUUACAUUUGAAUGGAAACUCAACUAACACAGCUCCAUCAUCGCCCUCCUCACCCAUAGCUAAUGAACCAAAAUAUGAGAAGCGCUGGCUAGACACCCUAUCAGUUCCUCUAUCGAUGGCUCGAAUCUCAAGAUACAAAGCCGGAACAGAUAAAUUAAGAUCUAAUGCAUUUGAAGUGCUUGCACUCGAUGGAGUUAGUACUGGGAUACUUCAGUUUUAUACAGCGCAGGAGUGUGCUGACUGGCUGAGAGCAUUAUCAACUAACAUCUCUGAUUUGACACUUCAAAAUAUGAAAAUGGCAAAUAAAUGCUGCUCUCUAUCAGACCAGAUUAUUCAUAUGGGCUGGGUGAAUGAAAGAUUCGAGGGAACUGAUUCAUCUCAACUCUACAAAUACAAGUUCCUGGCACUAAAGGGUUCAUCCUUCUACAUUUUCAGCACUCCACCGGUAAGCACACUAGACUGGGUACGAGCUGAAAAAAUCUAUCACCUCUGUGAGGUUCUAUUUAAAGUUCACAAGCUCUGGCUUGCUGAUGAUUGCUGGCUACAAGCAAACUUGUAUUUAGGUAUUCAUCAGGACUAUGAGCUUGAAGACCAGAGGCCAUAUUGUUUCAGUGUCAUGGUUGGACAUGGCAAGAGUCAUUAUUUUAAUGUAGAGCUUGGCAGUGAGUUGGCGGCAUGGGAAAAAUCAUUUCAAAGAGCAAUUUUCUUGGAAGUUCAAAGAACAGGGUCUAAAACAUAUAUGUGCAGCUGGCAAGGAGUAACCCUGUGUUUCACAGUUGACUUUGCCUUGGGAUUCACCUGUUUUGACAGUAAAACAAAGAAUGUGCUCUGGAGGUUUAAAUUCUCUCAGCUCAAGGGGUCUUCAGACGAUGGAAAAACAAGAGUAAAGCUUCUUUUUCAGAAUCUAGACACCAAACAAAUUGAGAUGAAGGAACUUGAAUUUCAGGAUCUGACAGCGGUUUUACACUGUAUUCACUCCUUUAUAGCAGCAAAGGUGGCAUCGCUUGAUCCAGUAUUUAUAGACAGCCAGUGCAUGGCAAGAAAAUACAUGUACAGUAACUGA